AUGAGAGCAUCACCUAACAUCAUCGUCACCGGCACCCCGGGUGUUGGCAAGACGACUCACUGCGAGGAACUCGCCAGGAAAACGGGCUUGAAACACCUCUCGGUAAACCAGGUCGUGAAGGACAGAGAAUGCCAUGAGGGCUGGGAUGAGGAGUUCCAGAGCUGGAUCGUUGAUGAGGACAAGUUGCUUGAUGCUAUCGAGUCUGAGGUCCUGAACGGUGGUUAUCUCAUUGACUGGCAUGCUUGCGACCUAUUCCCCAAGAGCUGGAUCGACCUUGUGGUCGUCCUUCGUGUAGACUCAACCACUUUGUACGAUCGCUUGUCAGCCAGAAAAUAUCCCGAGGCCAAACUUCAGGAGAACCUCGACUCGGAAAUCAUGGAGGUUCUACUACAGGAAGCACGGGACGCCUUUGACAAAGAGAUUGUCGUCGAACUUGUCAGCAACACCUCUGAGGAGAUGGAAGCCAACGUGGCGAGGGUCGAAGCGUGGGCGGAGCAGUGGAAGAAGGAUCAGUCCUCAUGA